AUGAUGUCUUCCAAUGUUCCUUACGCUUCCGAAAUUAUCGAAAAAAUGCUGUACACCACUUCAAAACCUGAAGAUUCCGUGCACAAUUGUUGUUUUGCUAUAAAUGACAAGAAUAUCAUAUCAUUUCGAAAUGGAAGACAUGCACAUUUGAAGCGAGAUGACACGUUGCAACUAUACAAUUUGAGCAAUCCCGAGCUCAAUUUCAAGGUUACUUUCUUUUUCCUUCUUUUUUUUGGCAAGGUUUCUUAACUUAAGUUAUUUCAGGUAAAAGUUGCCAAUAAUUCCACAGUAUAUGAUGUAAUAUUUUUCGAAGUAAUCGAGGGUGAUAUUCCAUAUUUUCCAACCGCUCGUGACUUUCUUAAUCCUGGCACGGAAUAUUAUCAAAUUGGAAUCGAUGAUCGACGAAAACCAUUUUGGUGCAAAGGAGUUAUAACUGGAAUGGAAGGUAUGUCUUUUCAAAAAAAAAAAAAUUAGUCCGCAACGGGGUUCGAACCCUGGUCUUCCCAAUAAUAGGCGCGCAUGCUAACCACUCGGCCACAGUGCUGGUUUUUUCUCUUGGCAAAAUUGUCAUAUUUGAAAGGCGCCCUCAUUUUUCAGAUGGAUAUUUGGUGGGGCAAUCUUCUGUUGAUGCGGGAUCACCAUUAUUUGGCGCAAAUGGACAAUUUCUCGGGAUGACUAUUGUUGAACAAGUGCCUCACGAUGUUUCAAAUCAUCUUCGUUAUAUGGUCAGCUCUUGUAUGAUUAUAGGAGUUGGAGAUGUUGGAGUUGGCGUAAGUUAGAUUAAUAACCGUUAGUUAGAGCCGAACAUUUUUUGCGUUUCAGAAAACAAAAAAACGCGUCGUUGAAUGUGAAGAGUGUUUGAGAAGGAAGAGAUUGAGUGAAUGGGACGAGUGA